CAAUCAGUGUGAUGAGAAUCACCUGGUCUACCUGCAUAAAAAUGAAGUCAAACUUUUAGUUUACAACGUGCGUGUUUAUUUUUUUUUAUUAUUGUCUCUUGUUUACUUUUACUUUACAAAAAAAAAAGCGAUGCCUCCCAAAAAACAAGCAGCGGAUCCUCAACCUAGUUCAAAACCCGUUCCUGCUGAAAAGCCCGAUGAGAAGAAAACAUCUGCACGCGCCGUGGCGGUGCGAAAACCCGCAACUCAUCCGUCCACAUUCGUCAUGGUGAAAGAGGCGCUGAAAGCCCUGGACUCACGCAAAGGGGUUUCCUCCCAGGCCAUACAGAACUACAUCAAACAGAAGUACCCCACUGUGGAUCCGGCCAGGCUGAAGCACUUGGUCCGCAGACUGUUGAAGAACGGAUUAUUGAACGGGACGCUGGUGAGGCCCGUCAACGCCACCGUCACCACGGGCGCAUUGGGGAAGUUCAGGCUUGCGCCAAAAGUUCAAGAGGUGAAGCAGAAAACUGAGAACACUAAUCCAAAUGUGCAGAAGCCCAAAGCUGGAGCCAAGAAGACCCAGACAGAAGACGCCAAGAAGAAGAAGCCAACAAAUGAAAAGGCAAAAUCUACAAAGAACCCAAAGCCUCCAAAAACCACAAAGGAUGAGGCAGGUGCUCCUUCAAAGGUUCCUCCAGCAAAGAAGCCAAAAGCUAAAAAAGUGGAGGCGAAGGAAAGCGGUGCUGGAAGCUCUGAGCCAACCAAAAAUAAGACUGCAAAGGCCAAAGGGGCAAAAACGGAGAAGAAAACCCAAAGUAAGGCUGUGAAGUCGGGCAGUGAUGCCCCUGCAUCUAAAACUGCUGGCAAACGAGUGAAGAAGACAGUGUAAAAUAAGGAAACUUAAUUAAUUAUUUUUUUAGAUAUUUGUUUACAAUAAAUGUAUGGUUUUGGCUUUUCUAUU